GACACUCCGAACGAUCGGUGGAGGGUUUUGUGGGUCAUGGAGGAGGAAGGUAAAUAAAAGAGAAGCGCUGAUAACACGCAGCGGCUGGUUUCAGACGGUUACCGGGAGGUUUGACACACUGGAUGCGGGAACUUUUGUCCUGAUACGGUUGUGAAAUCAGACGGAGAGGGCAGACCGGAGAGGAGGGACAGUCGUUUCGGCUACAGCAGCAGCUGUCGGCGUUCUCAGGUGGUCUGAUUGGGUUUGCCUCGUCCUUGUGUUGCCAUGGCGAUGCGGGAGUUGGUGGAGGCAGAAUGUGGGGGAGCCAAUCCCCUCAUGAAGCUGACCAGUCACAUGACCAAGGAAGGGGGGGCAUGGCGGCACCGCUCAACACCUACAAUUCCCCCCUCUCCCAUUGAAAUUGCAACUGAAGAAGAGCUGGUGAAUGAGUUCCUUCAGGCGCCCCCACGACCCCCACACACAUUUGACAUGGGUCAGCUGCUGGAAGAAAUGCAGCAGAUUGACCAGCAGAGCUACAGACAAGCUCCACAGAGAGCUCCAGAUGUGGCAGCGUUGGCACUCUCUGGUGACUGGGCGGCCGAGUUCCUCUCAGGUACUGACGCUGCCUCCACACCGGGGCUCAUCGCUAUUGGUGAUGCAGCAGAUGCUGAUUGGACGAGGGAGUUUAUCGCUGAGGCUGCAGAUCCUGGACGCUGGGCAGAGGAGUAUCUGGAGCAGUCGGAGGAGAAGUUGUGGCUUGGAGACCUGGGAGACAAGGAGAAUGAAUGGACAAAGGAGUAUCAACCAGGAGAGGAGCUGAGGCAGACAGCCAAUGAGCUUGUCUCAAAGGUUGAUGACCCCAAGUUACAAAACACAGAGUUCCUGCGAUUCAUUAGGCAGAUUGGCGAGGGCAGUGUCACAGUGGAGAGCAAAACAGACAGACAGCUCACAGAUAAAGCUCAGGCCGAGGAGGCUCAGAACUGGGCCUCCAACCUCAACCAGUUCCUGAUGGAGACAGGGGGAGGGAGUCUUCCCCUGGAACCCCCAGAGAGGAAUGAGAAGAUUGAGAAAACUAAAGCUAAACAGGCAGAGCAGUGGGCCAAGGUCAUCAGGCAGGUCUCAGUGGACUCAGCUGAAGCCUGGGUGGAUGAGUUCACCACAUCAGGACCAGAUUUCCAACAAGCCAAGGCUGCAGUGGAGAGUGAUGUGGAUUUCUGGGAGAAGCUGCAGCAGGAGUGGGAGGAGAUGGCUAAGAGGGAUGCAGAGAGCCAUCCCUGGCUGUCUGACUUCGAUCAGCUACUCAGCACUUCUUAUGACAAGGGGUAUCAAUUUGAAGAAGACAACCCCUACUUAUCCCAUCCAGACCCUUUGUCAGAGGGUGUGAAGAGGAUGGAGGCAGGGGACAUCCCUGGUGCCGUACGGUUCUUUGAAAGUGCUGUACAGAGAGAACCAGACAACCAGCUGGCAUGGCAAUAUCUGGGAACCUGUCAGGCAGAAAACGAGCAAGAAUUUGCUGCCAUCAGCGCCCUCCGCAGAUGUAUAGAGCUGAAGAACGACAACCUGACUGCUCUGAUGGCGUUGGCUGUCAGUUUUACUAACGAGUCGCUGCACAGGCAGGCCUGUGAGACUCUUCGUGAUUGGUUAAAGCACAAUCCAAAAUACCGCUCUGUCUGGGAGCAGAACGAGCGUGAUCGCCAAAAUGAUGGUGCCAGAGAUAGGGAGAAAGACAGGGAGAGGUUCGGGUCACUGCUGCCAGAAUCUUUGUUUACUGACGUCCAGACCCUGUACCUGCGUGCAGCCAACUCUGACCCAGCCCAGGUGGACCCCCAGCUGCAGUGUGGACUGGGAGUUCUGUUCAACCUAAGCGGAGAGUACGACAAGGCGGUGGAUUGUUUCAGCGCUGCUCUCUCUGUCACGCCACAGGACUACUUGCUGUGGAAUAAGUUGGGUGCUACACUGGCCAAUGGCAGCCGCUCAGAGGAGGCAGUGGCUGCCUACAGAAGAGCUCUAGAGCUGCAGCCAGGUUUCGUCCGUAGCCGCUACAACUUGGGGAUCAGCUGUGUCAACUUAGGAGCGCACAGAGAGGCAGUGGAGCACUUCCUUGAAGCUCUGUCCUUACAGCGCCAGGCCGCUGGAGACGGAGCGAGAGCUGCCAGGGGGCCUGGAGGUGCUGUAGCAACCGUGAUGUCGGACAACAUCUGGUCUACCCUGCGCAUGGCUCUCAGCAUGAUGGGGGAGAGCUCUCUGUACGCUGCUGCCGAUCGCCGGGACUUGGACGCAUUGCUGGCUCACUUCUGCCAGCGAGAGGUUGAAGGUGGAACUGAAUGAAGACCAGCCAGGGGAGGGCUUAUUGAGUGUGAAUGUGCUUUGCUGGGAGGUAGAUGUCUGGGUGACUGAAUGAAGCAGAGAAGAAUCAGAGUGGUAACGGUUGAUGGAAAAUGGAGAUGGAAGACACUGUGAAUUAUCCACUAUCCUAGAGACAUCAUCUUGUGCUUGUGUGUGUUUAAAUGACUUCUAUCAAAUGUUGCAGUAUUAGUCUACCUGGAGAGAAACAGCCAGCAGUAAUACAGUCAUGUCACUGUAUUUUACAUGUUUGACAGUGUGCUCAUUUCCUGCUACUGUUUAUCUGGAGAACUGGGUUUGAUUUGAAAUUUGUUCUCAGUGAAGAAAGUAAAUGGUGAAGAACGAGUGAAUCACUUCUGUAUUCAGUAACCAGCAAUGUGGACAGUUAUGUUUAUCAUGACACUCAACGCUCUCAUAGUCUUUCUUAACAACAGGUUGUAAAUUGAACUGUAUAUUCACUGCGGUUAUGUAAAUUAAAGGUACAGUAUUACCAUGACAUUAAAAAGAGUACUGCUUUUUAUUAAAAGUGCUCUGAGGAGAAGGAUUUCGCCAGUCCGGAGUACAAACACUAGUCAGAAGCGCUACAGUGGCUUGUUUUUCUGUUUUUUUUAAUACCUUAUUUAAUUUUUUAGUAAUCAAAUAUCAGCCAGGACAAUGAACUGACAACCAGCGGGACUGUUACUAUUAUGAUAAGGUGUGUGUAUGUGUACAGUAUGUAUGUCUGCGUGUGUGUGUGUUUGGGGUUGGCUGGGGGAUAUUAAUCAUGCAUCAGAUGAUAAGAUCAUAUAAUUGUAAUAUCAUUGAGAAUGAUUUCUCUGGGCUCCUCUCAUGCUCUUUUUCAUAUCGCUCUUGUAAAACAAUUUGCUUCAUUGUAAAAUAAUGCUAUAUGCCAUAUUGUGUAUUGUAACAUAAUUGUUGCACUAUAAUUGUUUUCAGGUUAGUUAAAUCCUGACUGCAAUGUUUAAUAUAAUAUU